UAUGCAAUGGGCUUGUAAAGGGCUUGUGUGAUUACAAUCUGAUGUGUCACUUACUGAUACAGUCUCUUUUCUGGCUUAGCCAAUAAUUAUAUGCUGAUUAUCUCAUUUAUUUCUCUUCAGUUAGCACAGAGAGACGAUGGUGUCGAGUCCUCAUGUCGAGUAUAUAUGAACACGAGCUUCUUCUGUCCUACGAAAUGAAACAAUAUGACAUCCCAAGCUAACAUUGCACAGCCAGAACACCAAUUAUCAAAUAUCCUACUCUCUAAUCUCAUCGACACAGCGCCAAACACCCACUCCCCUCACAAUGGCCACCACAAAGAUCUCCACCAUCACUGCAGACGGCGUAGACAUCUUCUACCGUCACGCGGGCCCCUCACUGCCCACCACGCCCACCAUUCUCCUCCUGCACGGCUUCCCCUCCAGCAGCCACAUGUUCCGCAACCUCAUCCCCCUCCUCGCCGCCCGCGGCUACCGCGUCAUCGCCCCAGACCUCCCAGGCUUCGGCUUCACGCGCGUGCCCCGCGAGCGCAGCUACACCUACACCUUUGCCAGCCUCGCCACCACCGUCGAGGCCUUUGUCGACACCCUAGGCCUCCAGCGCCUCGCCGUCUACAUCUUCGACUACGGCGCCCCAGCAGGCCUGCGCCUGGCUCUGCGCCGCCCAGACCUCGUCGCCGCCCUCGUCACGCAGAACGGCAACGCCUAUGCCGAGGGACUGGGCAAGGUCUUCUGGGCCCCACUGCAGAGGUACUGGGCGUCCGGCUCCACGGCCGACCGCGAGGCCCUGCGCGCCGCCCUCACGCUGCCCGCCACGCGCGCCCAGUACGUCGACGGCCACCCGAACCCGGCCCAGCUGCCGCCCGAGGCCUGGACGCUCGACCAGGCGCUGCUUGACGCGGGCAGCGGCGCCAGCGGUGCCGAGGCUCAGCUUGACUUGUUCUAUGACUACCGCACCAACGUCGAGAUGUACCCGGCGUUCCAGCGGUACCUGCGGGAGUCGGGCGUGCCGGUGCUGGCGGUCUGGGGGCGCAAUGAUGAGAUCUUUGUGCCGGCCGGGGCGGAGGCGUUUGCGCGGGAUGUGCCUGCGGAGAGGCUGGUGGUGAGGUGGUUGGAUGCUGGGCAUUUUGCGCUGGAGACGAAUGAGGAGGAGGUUGCGGCGGAGAUGGGAGCGUUUUUGGAGGCGAUGAAGGUUUUUGGGUGAGGGUGUACCGGGAUGCAGCUGUUUUGCUGGAUGUGUCGUAUACUGGUCCAACUACAUAAGCUUAUUAUUAUUAUUAGAUGAGGCGAAUAAGGAGUUCAAGAGAUGGUUUUCAUGCAGUGGUGAGAGAUAAAUGAAAUAGCUGCUUCUGAAGCUGGUUGCAUACUU